AUGUCUCUGCAGGCUGAUUUUGAUAGGAUCGCCGAAGAUGUGAAGAAGAUGAAAACAAGGCCAAAUGACGGAGAACUGAAAGAACUCUAUGGGCUCUACAAACAAUCUGUAGUUGGCGACAUUAAUAUUGAGUGUCCAGGAAUAUUAGAUUUAAAAGGCAAGGCUAAAUGGGAAGCAUGGAACCUCCAAAAAGGGUUAUCGAAGGAAGAUGCCAUGAGUGCGUACAUUGCUAAAGCAAAAGAGCUGAUAGAAAAAUACGGAAUUUAA